AUGCAUUCCCCCGUAUUUGCUCUGGCCUUGGCUGGUCUCGCCUCUGCCGCGAGUAUCCCUCGAGGACUCGUACAGAGGCAGAAUGCCACUGGCACACUCCAAUAUAUGGGGACCAACAUAGCCGGCUUCGAUUUCGGCUGCACGACGGACGGCACUUGUGACACCACCAAGGCAUACCCGCCACUGACGGCGCUCGGCGGCCCAGACGGCGCAGGCCAGAUGAGCCACUUCGUGAACGACGACAAGUUCAACAUCUUCCGCCUCCCCGUCGGCUGGCAGUGGCUCGUCAACAACCAGCUCGGGGGCCAGCUGGACGCCACCAAGGCAGGCCAGUACGACCAGCUCGUCCAGGCCUGCCUGCAGACGGGGGCGUCAUGCAUUGUCGACAUCCACAACUACGCCCGGUGGAACGGCCAGGUGAUUGGGUCCUCGGGCGGCCCCACGGACGACCAGUUCGUCUCGCUGUGGACGCAGCUCGCGACCAAGUACGGCAGCAACACCGAGGUCAUCUUCGGCGUCAUGAACGAGCCGCACGACCUCCCCUCGAUCACGACGUGGGCCGCCACCGUGCAGAAGGUCGUCACCGCCAUCCGCGCCGUCGCGCCCGACAGCAUGAUCCUCAUCCCCGGUAGUUCCUACAGCUCCGCCCAGACGCUGCCGACCGAGGCCGGCCCUGCCCUGCUGAACGUGUCGAACCCGGACGGCAGCACCACCAACAUCAUCUUCGACGUGCACAAAUACCUGGACGCAGACAACAGCGGCACCCACACCGAGUGCACCACCAACAACAUCGACAGCGCCUUCCAGCCGCUCGCAACCUGGCUGCGGGCCAACGGGCGUCAGGCGCUCAAUACCGAGACCGGCGGCGGCAACACGCAGAGCUGCGAGACAGACCUGUGCGCCCAGAUCGACUUUGUGAAGCAGAACAGUGAUGUGUACCUGGGUGUCGUGGGCUGGGCGGCCGGAUCGUUUGACUCGACCUAUGAGCUGGUCGAGACGCCUACCGAGCAGGGCAACACCUGGACUGACACUGCACUGGUUAAGGCAUGUCUGGUGAACUAGACUCAUUCGUGAAGACAGGUCAGGUGGUAAGAAAUUAGGGGGCGUUUUGGGUGUGGAUCAUCUAUUCAGUUCUUUGUGGAUUAGCUGCUCGGCUUGGUUGGUAUAUAUCAAACCCAAUAGGUGUAUCAUUGGAUAGCCGUAUCGACGUAGAAACCCUCAUGUCAUCAUGGCGCCGAACCUUUGCUUGUCUGUUUCAAACAGGGGUCACACACUCUCUAUCCAGUCUACAACAAUGCCAUACCAAAAGCGAAGCUCACAAGGGCGGGUAUCAUCGUGGCAAUAUGUGACAGCUC